UUGCAGGAAGGAGUCAUGGGGCGUGAAACGGGAAGACUACAUUUCCCAGGCCGCCACGCUUCCCAGCUGGAGCCCUAGGGCACUGAAUGCUCCCCAGUUUCCGCAGGGAAGCGCCGGGCUACCGCAGCUAUUGUGCGUCGAGCUGUCGCCUUCUUCACUCCCGCUUGCGUGUCUGUGGAGGAAGGCUAAAUUUCGUGGCCGCCCUGGUUUAACCUCUUCCUCGCCUAACAAGUCAGCAGGCCAGUUCCCAUGAACCAGGAGGAACUCUUGGGAGUCAGAGGAUUCGGGUAACGAAACCCUAGGGGGCGAGGAAGACGACUGAAAACGGAGCCGGAGCCCUCGGUUCGGUACAGGGCUUCUCUGGGGCGGGGCGGCAGCGCUGACUUUGAGAAGGGGGAGGGGACCUUGCAAUCUGGGUUGCCAGCCGACUUUGGCGAAGGAAAUCUUCAGCCAGCUCAGGAGCAAGGAGGAAGGAGAGGCGACUCCCACCCCCGGCGCUCACCCCACGCCUACACCCUGGGCUGGCCUAAGUGUCACGUUUGCAAUUGCUCAUAAAGGAUCCGGUCGGGCUCCAGAGGCAAGCCGGGUUGCGUUUUCUGCUUCCUGUCAGGGGCGGCGAUGCCUAGGGGCCAUGCUGCUUGCUAGGCUGCACCUCGCUGGGAUCCGACAGCCUUAAUCAGCGCUCCCUGUCACCUGAAGUGAUCUUUCGGCCGCCCCUUUCUGUACAGACCAGACAUCUCUCCGCAGGAAUCUCCUCCAAACAUCCCCUGCCAUCAGAACCAUGGGACAUCCACCGCUAGAGUUCAGCGACUGCUACUUGGAUAGCCCUGAUUUCCGAGAGAGGCUCAAGUGUUAUGAGCAGGAGCUGGAGAGGACCAAUAAAUUCAUCAAAGACGUGAUCAAAGAUGGCAACGCUCUUAUUAGCACAAUGAGAAAUUAUUCCUCAGCUGUUCAGAAAUUUUCCCAGACACUGCAAUCCUUUCAAUUUGAUUUUAUUGGGGACACACUAACUGAUGAUGAGAUUAACAUUGCUGAAUCCUUCAAGGAAUUUGCCGAAUUGCUCAAUGAAGUAGAAAACGAGAGGAUGAUGAUGGUACACAAUGCUAGUGAUCUGCUAAUCAAACCCCUGGAAAAUUUCCGGAAGGAGCAGAUAGGCUUUACCAAGGAGCGGAAAAAGAAAUUUGAAAAGGAUGGUGAAAGGUUUUAUUCCUUGCUGGAUCGUCACUUGCAUCUGUCUUCCAAAAAGAAAGAAUCUCAAUUACAAGAGGCAGACCUCCAGGUGGACAAGGAGAGGCACAAUUUCUUUGAGUCCUCCCUUGAUUAUGUUUAUCAAAUCCAGGAAGUUCAGGAGUCCAAGAAGUUCAACAUUGUGGAGCCAGUCUUGGCCUUUCUUCAUAGCCUCUUCAUUUCCAGCAGCUUGACGGUGGAGCUCACACAGGAUUUCCUCCCAUAUAAACAGCAGCUCCAGCUCAGUUUGCAGAAUACAAGAAAUCAUUUCUCCAGUACUCGGGAAGAGAUGGAAGAACUUAAGAGAAGGAUGAAAGAAGCUCCCCAGACAUGCAAACUUCCAGGACAGCCAACCAUUGAAGGCUAUCUCUAUACGCAAGAGAAAUGGGCUUUGGGAAUAUCCUGGGUGAAAUACUACUGCCGGUAUGAGAAAGAGACCAAAACGCUCACCAUGAUGCCCAUGGAACAGAAGCCAGGUGCUAAGCAGGGGCCCUUGGACUUAACCUUGAAGUACUGUGUGAGAAGGAAGACGGAGUCUAUCGACAAGCGGUUCUGUUUUGAUAUAGAAACUAAUGAAAGGCCAGGAACCAUCACUCUGCAGGCCCUUUCAGAAGCUAACAGAAGGCUAUGGAUGGAGGCCAUGGAUGGAAAAGAACCUAUCUACCACAGCCCCAUAACAAAACAGGAAGAAAUGGAGCUGAAUGAAGUGGGGUUCAAGUUUGUUAGAAAGUGCAUCAAUGUCAUUGAGACCAAAGGGAUCAAGACAGAGGGAUUGUACCGUACUGUGGGCAGCAACAUCCAGGUUCAGAAGCUGCUGAAUGUCUUUUUUGAUUCUAAAUGCCCAGGAGAUGUUGAUUUUCAUAGUAGUGACUGGGAUAUUAAGACAAUCACCAGCUCCUUGAAAUUCUACCUCAGGAAUCUUUCUGAACCUGUCAUGACCUAUAGACUUCACAAAGAGCUGGUCUCUGCUGCUAAGUCUGACAACCUGGAUUACCGGCUGGGAGCUAUUCACUCCUUGGUAUAUAAGCUACCAGAAAAGAACCGAGAGAUGCUGGAACUUCUUAUAAGACACUUGGUCAAUGUGUGUGAGCACAGCAAAGAGAAUCUUAUGACCCCCUCCAACAUGGGGGUGAUCUUUGGACCCACCCUGAUGAGAGCUCAGGAGGACACUGUUGCUGCCAUGAUGAACAUCAAAUUCCAGAACAUUGUGGUAGAAAUCCUAAUUGAGCACUUUGUCAAGAUCUAUUCAGGUCCACCAGAGGAAAAUGCUACACCCCCAGUGCCUCCUCCUAGAGUGACAGCAAGAAGGCACAAACCAAUCACAAUUUCAAAGCGUUUGCUACGGGAAAGGACAGUCUUCUACACUUCUUCGCUGGAUGAAAGUGAAGAUGAAAUCCAAUAUCACAUGCCCAAUGGCACUAUCAUCAGCAGUAUAGAACCCCACAAGCAGCUACAAUACCCCAAACUACCAAUUCAAAGGAGUGCAGAAGCUGAUCCUGGGAGGAAGUCCCCAAGCAGGCCUGUUUCAGAUGGCAAGUUGGAGUCAUGCCCUGAGGUGGAUGUGGGGAAAUUGGUUUCCAGGCUUCAGGAUGGAGGGACCAAGACCAUACCAAGGGCCACCAAUGGACCUGUGCCAGGCUCUGGGCCCACUAAGGCUCCUUUCCACAUAAAGAGACCAGCUCCUCGGCCCCUGGCUCACCACAAGGAGGGAGACACUGACAUUUUCAGCAAAGUGCAGCCUCUGGCAGAAAAGCCAACCAUCAUCCGUCCCCCAGUGAGGCCUCCAGACCCUCCCUGUCGGGUAGCUACUCCCCAGAAACCAGAACCAAAGUCAGAUAUUGAGGCUGGAAAUGCAGGGGAAAUCCCAUCAUCUGUGGUGGCUUCCAGGACCAGGUUCUUUGAAACGGCUUCCCGGAAAACAGGAAGUUCUCAAGGCAGACUUCCUGGAGAUGAGAGGCCUCAGGUUUUAAAAGACUUGGCCUCAGGAAACCCUUUCUAGGUUCUUUAAGGAUUUUCUUAAAACCACUGUGUGCUGAGUUAUUUUGUUCUGAAGAGCAGCUCCUUCCUGGCCCUGCACCUUCAGGUUCUCAGAUGCUAUAAAAUAAGAGGCACACAUCCUAGAUACAGGUUUAUUUCUCCUUUGUAUUCUGUCUUCAUCCCCUCAGAAGGUCUGUCUUGAGCUCCUGUAAGACUGAAUGGCUGAACCUCCCUCAAGCCAGACUCUGCAGAAACCAAGUUAUCCACUCACCUGAGUUGAAGAGGGGAGCUCAGUCUUCAAAUCUUCUCUGAACUUCCUUCCUAUUCGAAAGGCCAUUGAACUCUGACAGAUUUGGGGCUAACGACUGAUCUCAGAGGUUUUAUCCUGAACUAAAAGCUACUUGAGUUGGCGCCAUUGCUUACCUUGGAAGUAGGGGCAUAGGAAUGUUUGCUGAACGUUGGAGAAUCUUAACAUGUCUCUUACUGAGGAUAAGGACCCUCGUGCCAGGUUGAAGCUCUGGCACUGCAAUAUAUUGCCAAGAACCUGUCUGCUCCUGCACCCACCAACCCUGCAAGGAGACUCAGGAAGCUGACCUUCCUUCUCUUGCAUGACAGCUGCUUAGGACAGGUCUACAAAGCAUGUUUUGCAUUUCGAAGACCUGUUUUUGCAGGUCUGUUGAUUAUUCUCCAUCUUGAUUUCUCCUGACAGCUUCCUUUCCAAGCAAUCAAGAAUAAAACAAAAGCUGAAAACAGUUCUUUUAAAAAGGCAGAGUGUGUCCUGCAGGAUUUCCAUGUUUUGGUCAAUUGCUGGGAAAAAUUGUUAAGGUAGAUUGAGGCCAGGCAGCUGCCACUGUUGCUUCAUGUUUGCCUUCUGCAGAUAAGUUCUUUAUCUCCUGAAAGAAGCAGUUCAUAACCUAGUGUUCAUGGAUUCAGGAACUUCGUGAAGCUUCUGAAAUGGUAUGCAGAAUUAAACAACAAUGUGCCUUUUCUGGGAAGGUGGUCCAUAACAUUUUUCUGACUUUUAAAUGGGCCUGUGACCCAAUAAAGAUUAAGAACCAUGGCCCUCGAAAUAAAACACUUUUUAUAACCCAUACAGUAUUUGAUUAGAAGGGCCUUUCAAAAUCAUUUAAUCUAACUGCUUAGUUUACCAUUGGGGAAACUGAGGCAGAGCAAGUUAGCAGCCAUGUCCAAACGAGAUCCCAGGCCCCUGAGCAACUAUGCAAGGUUCUUUCUUUUACACCACACUCAUCUAGUAAGAGGCCUUAUUAUUGCUGGCUUCAGUGGUCCACAUUUUGGGGUUUGGUUUUUACCCUCUUUCUUGAGCCCCACGUAUUUAUCACUAAAUGGAAACCUUACAGGCAUAACCUUCUGGUGUUCCUCAUUUGCCAUCUCCAUCAUUGAAAGGAACAAGAGUGCAAUUGGUAUAGUGAGAAGUCUGAGUAGUAGAUAUUUCUGAUUUUUGUUUGUUGAAGGGGAGCUGCUGGAGAAACUGUCAUUGUGGUCCUAUGCAGAGGUCUGGGCCAUAGCCUGUCUUUAGUGUCUGUGUAAUUAUAAUGUGGCCUAGUGUGGGAGAAAAGGCUUUCCUACUUAGACCCUUCUAGUAAGGCCCUGCUAGUAUACUGACUCUAGUACUGAGAAGUAUAGACUUGGUUGGUGAGGGGGAGGUAAAGGAGACCGUAAAGAGAUGGAGAAUGGAAGAAGGGGAAGAGAGGGUGAGAGACAGAGAAUGUACGCAUAACUAAACCAACUCUGAGAUGCCUUUGGGAUAGUGUUAUGGAAAGGCAAUUGUCACUUUCAAGAUUGAUGUCUAAGCAUGGUCGUUUGGUGAGUUAAUAACAUGUAGGCUAAACAUACUGAGAGCCUUUGUGGAAACAACUGAGUGGAAACUUGAUGCCAUUUCCAAUGAAGACAUGCCCAGCUGGCCACACCACUUUCUCAGCUCUACCCAGUUUCAAAGGCCAAGUUGCUAAGAAACCAGGAGUCAAGUGACCACCAUUCUACUUGCUGCUCACCCCCAAGGGUAGUCUCUGUGAGGCUGUUGGCCUCACCCAGGAUGUGCUUAUUGAGCACUGGUCUCAGAGCUGUGGCCUCUGUGCUCUGUCCCAUUAGAUGACUAACAAAAACAAGCAGGUGUGCAGAUUUUGGCCACAGAAGCAGUGGCCACUGGGGCCUCGGUCCCUUUGAAGAUGGUCCAGAUAUCUUUUCACUCUGUUUUUUAUUUUCGUUUUUGUUGCGGGGAAUACCACAAACACCACUACAAAUAUUGAAAGAUUAUUGAGAACCAGAGAAAGCUGCUUUGAUCCCGGUGGAGUGGGUGUCCCAGAAAUGUGGCCAUGAGAUUGCUGUGUGUUCCUAGGACCAAUAUCAAGAGGCUGGCCUAGAGAGUUGGGACCACCAGUCUGGCUGGAGGCCAUGGAGGAGUGCCUGGCUACCUUUGACACUGCCCUGGGCUAUACAAAAAGAAUGCCAAAGAAUGAACGUCAGCACCUCCCCUUUCACACUUGGGCUUAAAGAGCAAAAUCUUCUGUGGGAAUGAGACUGGCUUGGCCCAGGUUUGAUGGAUGGAUAGUCAUUUGAAAGAGGCUAUGGGAAGGGGUGAUAAUUGAAGAGUGGCAACUAUAGGAAAGUAUCUGCAUACUUCAGCCAGCAGGUUAGAGAAACUGGCAAUGGAUGAACUGUAAAUCUUCAAUUGACUAACUAGUGAUUAACAUUUAUUAAGCACCUACUAAGUGCUAAUUUCCUUGCAUACAUUAUCUCAUUUAUAAUAAUCAUACAGGUAGAUGCUAUUCACUUUAAAGAUAGAGGAUUUAUGGCCCAGGGCAUAAAGUAACUGUCUCAAGGUUACACAAGAAGUAUAUAACAGAACUGUGAUUCAAGUCCAGGCCCUCAGACUCUGUACCCUCUGCUGUUUUCCCUAUGCCACCCAGAAGCCACAGUACUGGAGCUGCCAUGGCUCUUUGAUUUAUUUGCCUGCCUAACAAAAUAUUAAAAGGCAAGCAUUUGAGGGGAAAGAGAGGAUGUAGGUCUGGUUUACAGGGGAAAAAAUCUUGGCUGGAAGAAACUGGUGACAUCCCCAUAUGCAGUCUGAGAAGUGGAAAAGGUCUUGGUGCCUUUGUGGUAUUUGAUGCCUUGGGAUCAAAUCCCUGUGAAGUUUUGCUGUGGUGAUAGAAAAAGUUAAGAGAUUAUUUAAAAUAAGAAAUAUUAUUGAUGUUUUUGUUUAAUGAAAAGUGAGGAGAUGGUUGUCCAUCCACUGAGGGGUGAAACUCAGCAUCCAAUUUUAGUAAUAAAAUAGUGUCAUGUAGAGUAUUCCUAAAAUAAGUGGCUAUUAUGGGGAGGUAACCUUCCCUUUCUAAGAAGUUCUUUGAUUCUGUAAUAACUAGAAAAAUCACGUGGCAGAAGAAGUAUUUCUGUGAUUAGAAAAAAUUUGCCUUUGGGAGAAUCUCAUUCAAUGAUACUAUUUUUAAUGUAGCUGCAGACAACUGACCUUGGCAUAUUACAAGCCCAGAAAAAGCUUCAGUAGCAUUUAAAAAUUGCAGAGGGAAGCAAGAUACCUUGAAGAGAUGUUUUUGAUGGAGAAAAGCCUUUAUUUUCAUAGGGAAAAGAAGCACAUGAUACCAAGGAUAUUUAAUAGACACUAAAAAGAAUGCCUAUGUGAAAUACAUAUGUGACAUCAGACAAAAGAAUGCAAUCCUGGGGCCUAUUCUUGUGACUUUCAAUAAAGUAUACAGACUGCCUAGUACUAAUGGCCUCUAUCUGCAAUUUUGUCAUGGAAAUGAUCUUUGAGCAUAUGAGGCAUGAGGAUGCAGCUACCACACACUGCUCAUGUUGUCUUCUGCUGUUCUAAGGAAAUAUAUGGCCGAAUCUUUUUGGGAACCUAGGAAUCUCAAUCUACAGUCUACUUUAAACCAAACCCUUGUAGUUCUCUCAGUCCUCACGGCAUCACUGAGUGAUAAAUGAUAGCCCUAUUUUACAGAUAAGGAAAGUUGAGGCUCAGGGAGAUGAGAAGGAUUUUCCCUAGAACAUACAGCUAUGGACUGAUAAAAUUCCAGGACUGAAAGCUACAGAGGCCUUCCUGUUUCUAAUAUACCACACUAACCCCACUAGUAAAGGAAUCCCAGCAGUAAAAGGAGAAGAUGCUUAGAAAUGGGACUGAUACAAACAACAUCUGCAAGUUUUGCUACUCCAAAAGGGGUACAUCAUCAGCCUCAGCAUCACCAUUACCUGGGCACUUGUUAGAAAUGCAGAUUCUCAUGUCCAAUUCCAGACACCUUGAAACAAAAUCUGUAUUUUAUUAAGAUCUCCAGGAGAUUUCUGUGCACAUUAAAGAUUGAGAAACACUGAAAUAAGGCAUUUGAAAUAACAAAGCAAGUUGAGGAAGGAGACCUCUUGGUGAAACAAAGACCAAAAAUGGUAGAUAAGGCCAUCUGGUAUGUUGGGAGUGUUUACAAAUUGUGAGCAUAACUGCUAGCUUUGUAGAUUGCCUUGUAUUUUGAUAACAUAUAAAGUUUUUUCACUUCAAAGAAUAAUGAAAAUGGCUAGGGAAUAAGGUGACUGAAAAUUACUUGACUUUUAAAUAACUGAGCAUUAAAGGUAGUGAAAAGGUAACCUGGGGCAGGUGAAAGAGCUCCUUUCUGGAGCCCUGGAAGUCCAGGUUAACCUCUGUUUCUGCCUAACUGUAAUGCUAAGCAAGUCUCUACCGCUCCCCAAGACUCAAACUCUGUAUAAAUCAUGCAGUCUAAAAGGGCCUUUCCAGCUUUGGCAUUCUAUUAUUCUCAGCUCUGGGUUUUACUAAGCCUACUUUAUAAUGAAUCAUGGACAGCUCUACUGGGCUUUGGCUGUUAGUUUAGUAUCCUCAGUUCACAUAAGAAGGGCUAUUCUAGAAGGAAACCACACAGUCAUGACAAAGCAACAUUAACAGGAACUUCAAAGAACUGGGAAGACCAUCACUCCAGUUAACCAGCUUGGAAUUGGCCAGUACUUUCAUGAAAGUAUAACAAGUAGACCCAGCUGCUUCAAACCACAUACUUGAGAAUCAACUUCUGUAUCCUGUAUUGGACCUCCUUCGCAUGAUCUAAUAAAAUUAAAAUCCAAA